UGUCACCGCAUUGAAGGUGCAGUAAUAUCCAAACGAGGUCUUACCCAAUGUAGAAUUGUGAUUUGCGCAUGAAUCUUCCUAAAAAAUUGACACACUUCUGUUGAGUUCAUCUAACGGGGAAAACUACAGAUACUACAUUACAUCCAGCAACUUCACAGCAAAGGCAAUGACUAACUGCAGCUUUAGUCAAAAGGUUCUUCUUUUGCAAUCUUUUACAAUGGCUUCUUUUGCGGCUGUCAACUUGCAGAGUUAAGCCAUCAAUCGCUGCUGAUGCAACGCUCAUACACCAUAGAUGUUGCAGAAGAUGCUUCGGCUCUUACUGAACCCUCCAGUUUCUCUUCAGCUGAAUUUUUGGAGACCAGUCAUGUUGAAGGAGAUACUCCUGGAGCUUCGCUGGAAGAACGUUUUAUGAACAUGACCGAUAAUAAACGAGAUAUGGUUGAAGCUUGGCUAAAAGAAAAUUUUCCGGACAUCACAGAUGAUGUAGAUAUUCCUGAAGCUUCGCUAGAAGAAAAUAUUGCGGCUUCCAUGGAUGAUGGAGAUAUUCCUGAAGCCUGGCAACCGGAAUAUUUCAUCUAUGGCGACAACAGAGAUUUUGUGCCAUUAUUAGAUGCUUCAUUUCUUAGUCAAGUUGGGUUCGUGCCGACUCAACAGCCUUUCAAAGAUUGUUCAACUCGAAAGGUUAGCAUCCCUGAAUGGAUCUUUCUCAUAAUCAAUGUUCUUAUUGAGUUUCUAUCAGCAGCAUUCGACCAGCUUUCAUCUGUGAAUAAGCCUCAAUAUGCUUUAAUUGCCAUGUUAAUGUCUUUUGUGGCUGCCAUGACAUGCAUCAUCGAGCUUGCUUAUAAGGCUGGAAAGGAAAGAGUCGCCUGGAGGUGGGAAAGCAAUUUACCCUGGUUUUAUUAUUCAUCUCCAGGUCACAGGCGUUUUGGUACAUUCCCCGAAAUGAUCGGAUUAGUUUGUGCCAUGUUGCAGACUAUUUUAUCAGCAGUUACUUACUCUUUCUACCUUCAACAAGCUGAUUAUCCCCUCAAGAUCUCUUUCUGGCCAGUUGUAUUUGCUCUAGGCUUAUUUUGCUCUAAAUUUAUGUAGAAUCCGAAUCAGAAACUCUUUCCCAGACAUUAGAUCCUAGAUUAUGGUAUUCCAACAGAAUGAUUAACUGUUAUUGGACCCUUUUUAUUAUUUAAAUAGAGUUAGUAGAGGCACAACUUGAGGCUCCUUGGAACUUGCUGGAGUCUGCGCCAGACCCAGUCGUGGGAGAAGUUCACUACAGAAAACCUAAUGCUUUUGCUCCAUUAGCUUGUUUUGUCUUUAUCUAAUGUCAAAAAAAUGUUUGAUUUAUUUCCUCUCUUUUUGAUAUUAUCCUUUUGACUAACACUACACUAGAAUUGCUCAUAGAAUAUCUAGAUGGGGAUAAAAAUUGAUUUGAAACAGAUAUUUAACAGGAUCAACAACUAUCUCAACAUCAGAUACACUUCAUUUAUUCUUAUUUUAAGAAUUUGAACAGAAACAUGAUCUACAACAGAGAGUUGAUUCUUCUGUUCUGGUUCCUAGGCUGGUUAAUUUGGUGGAUAAAUACUAUCUU